AUGUAAGAAAAUACACCAGUCAGUUUUAUUCAUAUUGAAUAAGCGUUAGAAAGGAAUAAAAAUGAUUCAAAAUCUAACAAAUUAUAGAAAUAGCUUUUAAUUUUAAAUUAAAGUUAAAAUAAGACUUAAAAAUUCUCUAUAAAAUAAAAUUGCAAUACAUUUAAACAGUUUAAAAAUAUCAUUAAAAAAAAUGGGACAAUCUAAUAAGAUUUAAAGUUGUUAGGAGGAGGAAGCUGCCUUUCAUGUAACUGCAAUAAUAACUUUUAGGAAAUUAAGCAAGCUGAUAUUGAAGAUAUCGAAGAUUUGAAUAAUGAUAGUAUAAUAUUUUGUAAAUAUGAAGAGGAAAAGGAAGAAACUAAAUAUGAUCAAAUAAAUUAUUUUAAUGAGCAAUAUAGCAAAUUUAUUCAAAGCUAAAGAAUGCAAAAAGUUAUGUCUGAAAAUUCGUAUCUUAAUGAAGUCUAUUUGAUUUUGAAUGAAUUCAUAUAUUCGAAUAUCAAUUUGAUUAUGUAAAAUAUUGAUGAAUUCAAGGUUUAUAUUAUCGAUAUGCUUGAAUUAUUAAUUUACUAUAUUAUGUGCUCAUAGCUACUUUCUUCUAUUUCAAAUUAGAAGCAAAACUUGCAAAUAAAUUAAACUAUAUAGAAUUCUAUUAAUUCAAUAAUAAAUUAUAUAAGUAAAAUAGACUUUGAUUAUCCUUGUCUUGAUGUUUCCUUUAUGCUUAAUUUGAUUAAAUAGCUAGUUGAGAGUAAUUCUUCAGCUCUAGACUUUAGCAAGGAGGAUUAGUUUAAAAUUUAUUUGAUAAACACAUUGCUAGAGAAAGGGCUUAGCGGCGAUAGCAAUGAAUUCACUAAAAAUUUAGCUGAUAGAUUUACUUAAAAUACUGAAAUUUAUGCUUAAUUGCAAGAUUUUAUUAACUCAAUCCAACCUAAGGACUAACACAUUAUAAAUAAAUAUCAAGAAAUAGUUAUAUAAAUAAAACAUCCAGAGUUCAGAUUUUUAUCUAUCUAAAUUUUACUUAAGCUGAUUAACAUAAUUAAUUAUAUUGAUUACUAACAAUCAGAAACAGUUUUAAUCCAUCUUUGUACUUAAUAUUUAUGUGAGAAUGAUUAAAGUGUCAAAAUAGUCUUUAAAAAUAAUUUCAAGCUAUAAAGCUUUUUAAGAAGAAUUAAAAAUAAUAAAAAUGCAUAGCAAAGAGUUAGAGAUUGCACAAUACAAAAAAGAAAAUAGCUAACUGUAAUCACUGAAGUAGAUGAGCAAAUCAAUGAAAAGUGA